AUGGCUUCAUCAACAAGCAUGGUGAUGGCAGAACACAUCGAAAAACGUACUUGGUUUGAAUGUGAAUUGGCUUCUGCCGGAUUCUAUUAUACAGGAGUUAGUAACUUUGUAUGUUGUUUCGAAUGUGGGGUUAAAAUUAACGAUUGGACUUUGGGUGAUACUCCUUGGCUUGAACAUCAUCGAAACAAACCAAGUUGUAAAUUUGUACGGCGAAUACCAUGUGCAAAUGUCCCUGUGGCUGAUGUAUCAAGACUUGAUCAUCGAGAAUUUUUAAGUCUUUUUGAUUAUGUACCACCACCGUACCCUGAUCCACAUCCUGAAAUUGAUCUUAAAACUGCCAAGGUUCGACAAUACUUGACUGAUGACUGA